AGUCUUGCUAAGUCGAUCUAAGUGGCAUAUUGGCUGGUCACGGCUUGUGCCAUGGCCCUGGCGCGCUGUUUGUUCCGUGGCCCUGCCAUGGCCGAUACAGCCGUCCGGUGGCUAUCCACCUCUGCCGGCACCGGGGUGGUGGUGGGCUUCGGGCGUCAGGGGUGGCCAUUGGUGCGGCUCGGGGAGCAGCAGCUGGGUCCCGUGGACCCUGGAGAUGUCGUGGUGAUGCGCGGCCAGACUUUGAGAUUGGACCAGCAGGAGGGGCAGUGGCGGAUUUUGGAGGUCUUGGAAGGGCCAAGGAAGAAGAAAUGUGUCCAUCCCACCCGGGUGGCUGGCUUGUGUAAGAGCUGCCCUAGGCGUAAGGGGAAGCAGAUUCGAUGAAACUCGUGAGCGGGCAAGUGGCCGCUGCCGGAGUUUGAGAUAGCCUAUUUUGAAUUUGGAGAAUCCAAUGGAUUAAGCGGCGCCUGAUUUGAGACAUUCCCAAUUCAGAUGUCUCUUGAGCUUUUCGCGAGUGAAACCUCAAGGCAAAGCCAAAGUAGUUUUGACAGGUUUGAAUCGCCACAUAGAAAAGAAGUAUCCUUAGUGAUGUAGGGUCUGCAAUUUAGAGAAUCACUGCAGCUGAGCGGUUUUCUUCCACGUAUUUCAGUGACAUUAUGAGCCUAGAAUUGAUUUACAUAUUUACGUAUUUUACGUGGCCUUCCUGGAUUCACAUUCUUGUUUCGC